UGCAAAGCUCUGAAAUGCCGGACCAAAGAGACAUGCCGGACUGAGGAUGGCCACACAUCAUGUAUUCCUGACUACAUGGGAACCUGCUUGGGCUCAGGGGACAAGCACUACCAAACUUUUGAUGGUCUGAAGUUUGACUUCCAGGGCACCUGCACCUACACCCUGGCCAAAUACUGUGGGAGUGCUGCUACCCUGGAGCCUUUCACCAUUGAUGAGAAGAACGCCAAUAGGGGGAGCCAGGAUAUCUCCUUUCUGCGAGUGACCAACAUCUACAUCUAUGGGUACAACAUCUCCAUUUACAAGAGGGAAGUUGGCAAAGUCCGGCUAAACGGUGUGAUCACCAGUCUCCCGGUGACGCUGAAAGAUGGUAAAAUCAGACUGUACCAGAAAGGCCUCAGCACUGUCAUGCAGACGGACGUUGGCCUCAGGGUGGGAUACAACAAGAACUGGCAUCUGGAAAUCACCCUCCCCAGCAGCUAUUAUGGUGCCAUGUGCGGUCUUUGUGGGAACUUCAACCAGAACCCAGAAGACGACAUGAUGUCCUCCAACGGCAUCAAAGUCUCCGCCAUCAUGGUCUGGGCUGCCAGUUGGAAAGUCCAAGACAGGGACCCCUUUUGCUGGCAUUCCUGCCAAGAGAACUGCCUGACAUGUGAUGAGAGCAAGAGAGAUCUGUAUGGGGAUGACAGUCACUGUGGGGUGAUCAGUAAGGCAGUGGGAGGACCCUUCAGAGAGUGUCACUCCACGGUGAGCCCCGAAAACGUCUUUGACAACUGCAUCUAUGACAUGUGUCUGAAUGAGGGGAACAAGACCAUUCUCUGUGUUGUGCUAGAGACCUAUGCAGACACCUGCGGGGACCAUGGGGUCACUGUCUAUGACUGGAGGACACCAUCCAGCUGUGAUGAAUCUGGAAGUUGGUAUUCUGACGAAACAGGUGGCAAUGGGACUAAUCUGACAGUUUCCCCUAUUGAUGGAGGAGAUGGGCACCUGCACCUACACCAUUGCCAAGUACUGUGGCCAUGACCACUCCCUGGAGCCCUUUACCAUCGAUGAGAAGAAUGAUAACAGGGGCAGCCAGGCCAUCUCCUUUCUACGAGUGACCAACAUCUAUGUCUAUGGGUACAACAUCUCCAUCUACAAGAGGGAAGUUGGCAAAGUCC